AGGCUAACCAGUCAGUCGGCUCGUUCAGCGCUGUCUGGUCCAGCCUGUCAACAACACUGCAACCUGAGACGGGAUAGCCAAACCAGCUAAGUUAGCUACUCGACUAGCCCCCGUGUUAACCAACUCGUAAAUGUCCCCUCUCUAAACUUUGAAAGAUGUAAUAGGAUUAAAGUUGUUUCGACGAGAGGAGCUGCACAGCUGAGUUUUGGCGUCGUUCGGCUCCUUCAACUCCUUCCUCCUGUGUGAUAUGACAUCGCUGUUUGGUUACAACAAAAGCCAGAGCUCUACAGCGGACGGUUGACAUCUGGUCAGGUGCUGUACAAGAGGAUGGCUGCUCAGGUAGAGGUUCAGACUGCGGAGGUAGGGAGGCCAGUGGUGGGAGGACGACUUCACCUGAGUCCUUUGACCGACUCCAGCAAUAAGAGCCUCAUCGAGAUCCCCUCCAUCAACCAGUCCCAUAUCAUCACCCCAGAACCUAACAAAACUGUCCCAGGCCCCAAGCCACGGCUCACUCCCAAACCUUUUGCUCUGGAGAGAAACCCCACUAUUAAGCCCAUACUUGCACCUAAGCCCCAAACCAGGCCCCGGCCAGAGUCCACUCGCCUUUCUGGAUACAAACCAGAGCCUCCAUACAGUCCAAAACCACAGCAACCAGUUGCCCCUAGCAAACCCAGGCCAGUGUCAACCAACCCAAACCGACCUGCCCCUACCUCCUUUAAAACAACUAAUAAGUUAAACACUGGACAAACAACCAAGCCAAUAGUUCAGCCAUUUAAACCGGCCCCUUCUCUUGACCUCGGAGACCCUAGCAAACCAAUUUCUCCUAUAACAGCAGAGAGGCAGAAACCUGGUUCAUCAAGCUUGGUCUAUUCCAAGAGCCUUAAAAAACUUCCAGUAGCAGAGUGGUCUGGAACCAAUAAAAAACAAGAUGAGAAGGACCAGAUGACAUACAGCAAAGGUGGGUCCUCCAUUACCAGGACCAAGUCCAUGUCUAUGGGUUUUCUUGCUCAGGUAGGGCAGGAGGAAGAAGAAGAAAAGGAAAAAGAAAACCCUGAGGCAGCAGUGCCACUACGGCCAAAGCCCAGAGCAUCCAGGCCCAGACCCGUGUCAGCCAUUUUCCUUGACAGUCCAACAAAGACCGAGGCACCAGUUCCUGCCCCUCGCCGGGUGAGACGACCGCUUUCAGCCGAUCUCACGGCCAAGUUUGAGUCACUCGGUCUGUCUCUGCACCGUAAAUCUCCCAAGGCAAAUACUAAGGAGAACACUCCAGAGGAGAAGGCACCGGCACAGAAGAAAGAGCAGGAGAAAACACCUAAGAGUAUCACACCACAAAGUACUGAUGAUGUAGCUCAGCCUGCUGUCCAGGACCAAAGAGACAAAAACACAGAAGAAAUGACCCUGAAAGAGACUGAAGAGGAUAAGCGUGCAGUUAGCAUCAAGUCUCCUGGGUCAGGGGAGGAGGGUCAAGGGUCAGACCUUCACUCUCCAGUGCAGCCGGUCCCUGAAACCGAGCCACCAGUGGGUGUCAAACAGCUCAUCAAGCAGCUGACGGAGGACCCAUCACCGACUCAGAGCCCUGUUCUGAAACCAAUACUCAGGCCCCGCCCUUUGCCCCUCGACCUAACUAAAAGGUUUUCAUCCGAGAGGUCGCCAGAUCUUGGCAGUGUUUUCCUCAGUGAGGCGACAGACCGCGAUGAGAUCAGCAAAGAUCCUCAGAGGAGGAUCGAAGAGUCAGCUAUCACCCCCAGUGACCAGAGGACAUUUGUGGAUUUAAAAGACUCCCAAGAGCAGCUCAAAAAGGCCUCCACGCCUGAAGGGCCUGAGGCCGCACAGGCGUUUGGCGCCAAUUCCAACGAAAGUGGUCCCAGGAGUGACGUACAGACAGUGAGAGCAUCCUUGUUUGAAAAUGUCGUGGAGAGGCACAGCGUGCUGAUGGUGGAGGAGGACAAGCCUGCAAACGAGGCCAAUGAUUCGCUCAGCAGCCCGUCGUUUAAGAGAGGGAAUGGUGAGGAUGAGGGAACUCUUGUCACUGUCGCCUACAAGGAGCCUUUAUCUCCAUCAAGUCCUAUGAGAGUGACACAUGCCUUUGACACUGUGCAGGCUGUGGAAGAGAGCAGGGCAGUGAGUGAGAACAUCCCAUCAGCUCAGUGGGAGGAUAAGGCCAUGACGCUACGCUCCAGGCGCUCAGAAGGGAGCAGGCCGGUGGCGGAGAGGACUCGUUCAGCUCAAGGCGAACCAGCUUUGGCCGUGAUGCCGGAACAGCAGCCUCGCUAUCUGAGAGUGGGAGCUUUGCAUAAGUGGACCACCCCAGGUCUUGAGCCGAGUGUGGAGAAAGGGAUGCUAAAGGAAUCACAAAGGGAAGGGCAAGGGGCUUUGGAUCAAGACAGGGACAGGCGGCAUGAAGCCGAACAGGAAGAAGUGGCUGCAGCUCCGAAACGUUUGAAAAUGCUGCAGUCAGAAGAGCAGCCAAAGCCAAGGGCGACAUACUUUGCUCUGACUGGACAAAUACAGGAGCCACUUUCUCCUAUUGAUGCAGGAGCAAGCAUAGGGGACGGGACUGUGCCCUUUCGGGAUUUCUCUGUGAGGUCUGCACCAGGCAGCUCUCAAGGGAAGCUUCUUCCAAUAAAGAGGAAUCCAUCAUUAGAUGAAGCUUUUGGAAAAAACUCUCACGAUCAAGUCGAGGAGUUGAUGACGAGGAGCCACAUUUUACAAAGAGAGAUAAGAUCAACUUUGGAUGGACAGACAACAGAGGAAAUGACCGAAGUUGAAAAGAAAAGAGAACUUCAAAAAGAGACAGAAAGACACAUGGCAAAAUUGAAAGAGCUUGACAAGGAAAAACAGAGACAGAUGGAAAUGGAGAAAGAAGCACAUUUAGAAUUUGCACGGAUGAAGGAGAGGGAGAUGCAAAGAGAAUUUGAAAGGCAAAGACAGAAGGCCUUUGAGAAGGAGAUCCAGGAGUUUGAGGAAAAACAGCGCGCACUGGAAAGGCAGAAACAGUUAGAGCUCGAACAGAGACAGAAACUGCAAGAACUGGAGAGAGCGAGACUAAGAGAACUUGAAAAAGAGAGGCAACAACAACUUGAAAAAGAAAAACGACAAAAAUUGGAGAGACAGAGAAAGAUUGAACGAGAGAAACUGCGAGAGCAGGAAAGGGAAAGACAGCGGGAACAGGAGAGGCUUAGACAAAGGGAGGAAGAGAGGCAGAGAGAGGAAGAGCUGAAGAGAAUUAAAGAGCUGGAAAUACUACAACUCUUAGAGUUUGAAAAACAGAAGCAGAAGGAAAAGGAGGCACAGCAGCUCAUGGAGCUCGAGAAGCAGAGGCUUAGAGAGAAGAAGGAGAGAGAGGAGGCAGAGAAAAUAAGACAGAUGGCCUUAGAACAGGAAAUGUUAAGAAUGAAAGAGCUCGGUAAAGAAAAGGAGAGACAAAGAGAGAUGGAGAAGCAGCUUCAGAAAGAGAUUGAGAGAGAAAAGCAGAGAGAGCUGGAGAGACAGAGACAGAGAGAUUUAGAAAGGGAGAGACAGAGACAACUGGAUAUCGAGAGACAGGAAUUAGAGAACCAGAGGCUGAGACAACGAGAGCUGGAGAAGGAAAGGCAGAGGAAAGAGGAGUUGGAGAGAAUCAAAGAGAUGGAGAGAAGACAGCUCUUGGAGAUGGAAAAGCAAAAGCAGGGAGAGAGGGACAGACAGCAACUUUUGGAGCUGGAGAAACGCAGACUGAGGGAGAGGAUGGAAAAGCAGGAGGCAGAGAAAAUGAGACAGACAGCCAGGCAGCAAGAAGCAGAGCGGCAGCGACUAAAAGACAGGCAGAAGAAAGAGGAACAGGAGAGGGUGAGGUCGGAGUCAUCCCCCCUCAGGCCUCAAGUGGUGGAUCUGGACUCCGUGCUCCGAAAUGACCCGUCUUCCAAGGCCACUUCUCAGCGCAGUGACCUUGCAACACGAUGGAAGGAGCCGUCUCCGAGAGUAGAAGCGCCUUACAGACCUGCCAUCCUUGACAUAGACUCUUUCACAUCCCAAGUUCAGCCCUCCCCCAGUAAAGACUUGUUUCCUAUUUCUGGUAUUCAUGGUGUAGACGCUGCAUAUGGAGCUAGAUCACAGCCGUCUACACCUGAUGUAGAUGUUAGCUGGAGGUUGCCUCCACAGACUUCAGGUUUCACAAGCCCGGUAUGGACGACGUCUCUCCAGGACCCGUGGGAGCUGAGGCCCGUCGAGAUGUCUGUGGACAAACCUAUGCCUGAAACCAAGAAACAUACCAACAAACUCAGCCCGGAGCAACUCCUCCUCAGGCAGGAGGAACGGCUCCUGACUCCACAGAGGAACUCUAGCAGCGCUCCUGAGGAGCAGGUAUGGCUCCCCAGAGAGUCACAGCCUCAAGACAGCAGGGGGGAGGUCCACAGCCAGAGGAGAUCACAGGGAUCUCAGGAGUUGAACAGGAUUCGGUCUCGCAGUGUUUCACGGCGAUCAGAUCCUUCAAGCAGUGUUUUGGAGCGAAGCCUUUCCAGGUUAAGGAGUCGCAGCGCCCACCGAGAGCAGGACCGCAACAGCUGGGUGCAGCAGAAGCAAAGUGACAGUGGUGAAGAGGAGGGGAAGGACUCGGGCACACCGGUUCGUGACACUGACAGUCAGUAUGGGACCUGGGAGACAGGACUGCGCACUGAUGACAGCCUCACUCCUGCCACUCCCAGCUCUGACAGCAAUCUCAGCCCUUCACCAAGGAAGCCCACACCCCCACACAUGCUGGGUGAUCAUGCCUCACCGUUUGAUACCGACACCCUGGACGGCCUCCUUCCCUCCUCAUCUGAGAGCCAGCCACUGUCUUUCCCUGAUACUCCGACCACUCUGUUGGACACCAGCGCUCUUCGCUCCAGACCCCAGCUGGUGAAGAGGCGGGCGCCACGGACACGACCCUCCAAGGCUCAGACUACUUCUCCGUCCGGGGGACAGGGAGGAACCACUGAGGACUGGCUUUACAGAGACUCCACAGAGGCAAAGGUUGUGAGUAAGGACAAUGAUUCAGACUCUGAGGAGCAGCCCAGAAGACCAGACGCCAGCCCUGCUUUUUCCUCUCAGCCACAGAGGGUCGCCCUGUUUCCUGGGAUGGACCCUUCAGCUUUAAAGGCCCAGCUCAAGAAGAGGGGGGAAUCUGACAAUCAAAGUGAUGGAUACACUCCCUCUCCUUCCCAGCGUUCUCGCUCUCCCAAGUCCCCCUUUCUUCCCAGGGCAGCACGUGUACUGCCCCCUCCUGGUGGGAAAGAGAAUGGUGUGGAGGACUCACCCCAGUGGUUGAAAGAGCUGAAGUCCAAGAAGCGCUUGAGUCAGUACGAAAAUGAGAGCUAAGUAAAUAAUGAGGUUGCCUUAACAGAUGAAUCUAUACGAAACAGAAGCCUUAACGUUCGACCCAGAGAGUAGGAGAGGUGAAUCUUCAGCUGCUGAUGUCUUUUCUUUUUUUCUUUUUGUUUUUUGUUCUCUCCCCGACUGGGUUGAUAAAUGUGCAUGGUGCCUUUUUUUUAAUGAAGAGUCUCUGUCUUGUGGAAAAAAGAAAAAGAAAACAAGCAAGGAGGGGAAAAAAACAUCGGGCUACUCUGCUUUAUCCAUUUCAUGCUUGAACCUGUCGAAGCACUUCUGCACCUGGAGGCACGUCACACAAACACUUUAAUAGGGACCAGGAGAAGUUGAGGGGGGGGAGGCGAUUGUUAGCGAUUAUUUCCUGUCAGGCCGCAUUUCAGGAAAUGGUUAUCUUGUGGGACCACGCCGCCUCUUUAUCCUGGACGUGCUUCAUCACAUGCUGGAGGACAAUCCAGCCUGAUCCUUUCCAAGAUGUUUGUAUUUAGUCUCCUUGCUCGACUAAUAUGUACAAGCUGACUGUGUCUGCGUUGGACAUUUGUGUGUAAUCAGUUCAUGGAGGUUGUUGAUGGUAGUCACACAAGCAUUGCCAUAGGACAACAUUUCAGACACUAAUCAUUUUCCUUCUGGAACAUAGAGAACAAAUCACUGCUGACUUGAUUGCGGGCGAGAGUGUAUUAUCAUGUAAGUAACUGUAAUCAUGAGAUGUUAUAUUUGUAUUAUCAUUGAUUUAACAGAAACAGAGAGCUAGUUUUAAAAAAAAUUCAGAUGCAUCACAAUAGACUUUGUUACACUCCACAACCCUAACCUUGUCACAGUUGCUGCAUACUGUAUAUAUGUUUCUGUCAAAGUAUCUUUUUGUCUUUGUGGAAGAGGGACGGGGGAUUUUUUUGGGCCAAGUGACUUUGCAUCUGUCAAUCAUCACCUACUCCUUAUCAGCACAAAUACACUCUUCAAUCUUUUAUACAUAUAAAGCAACACUAAUCAGCCUGUGUUACCUCCUUUAACAGCUGAAAUGAUUGUAGCUGUGCGCAUUCUUUAUAAGCCAUAACUUCAACUUGUGGCCCUCACACACUCCUAAAUCAUGUUUUGAAAUAAAUGUGCAAUUUCCCACGACUGUGUCCCCAUUAAUGUGCAUGCACAAUCUUUACUGACAAACCAGACAUUGCUCAAACUGACUGGCUCAGAGUGUCGGGGUGUUGGCCUACACUACUCCAACGGUGGUUUGUUCACUACAUCGUUUAAAUGACUAACUUCUAUGAUACUCCCAAAAAAAUGUAACAUUUGCACCUGCUUUUCAUCGUAACUAUAAUCUUCCUCCUCAUAUUUGCUCAUCCACCCAAUCACACUGCGCUUCUAUAAAGCACUUUGUCACGUGAUGCACUACAGCACUGACCUCUGCCCCGUCUUUUUGGCCAAGUCUUUCCUCCUGUAUUGUCGGAGCGCUCGUGCAAUGCAAGUGAAUAUGUUUGUUGAGUCUUCGGAGUGAUUGUCCCUGGUUUCUAUGUACAUGAUUGCUUACUUUGUCAUGAAUUUUGAGGGUUUCUUUUUUUAUGUCCUCGUUUGUCCCUUUUUUUUAUUUGAAAGUAAAGAUGUAUAUUGCACUGUGUUGUACUGGCCAGUGUCCUAAAGUGAAUACAUUCUUAAUAAAAAUUUACUUGA